UUUUUUAAAGAAAUACCAGGAGGAAUUUCCAGAUGUUCCAAUUGGAUAUUCUGGUCAUGAGAAAGGGAUCUUCAUCACUGUGGCUGCCGUGGCGAUGGGAGCAAAAGUUGUGGAACGCCAUGUGACCCUGGAUAAGACCUGGAAGGGAAAUGACCAUGAGGCAUCCCUGGAGCCCUCCGAGCUGGCAGAACUGGUCCGAGCAAUACGACUGGUGGAAACAGCAAUGGGGUCACCAGUCAAGCAAAUGUUACCAUGCGAGAAGACCUGCCAUGAUAAGUUGGGCAAGUCAGUCAUUGCUAAGGUGAAAAUCCCUAAAGGAACAGUGCUGAGCCUGGACAUGUUUGCAGUGAAGGUUGGUGAGCCAAAGGGUAUCCCUCCAGAACAUAUGCAGCAGCUCGUGGGCAAGAAGAUCAAAGUGGACGUUGAAGAAGAUGACAGCAUCUUGGCAGACAUGAUAGAAUAAAGGAUCUUCCCAAACUAUUGGGACAGAGAGGCAGGCAAAUAGAGGAUAGAAAAUAAAAUAGAGUUACAUAGGCAGGUAGCUAAAAAAUGGACAGAUAAUGAUGUCAUUUGUGAACAGAAAGGGAUAUGGUGCAUUUAAUGAGGGAUAAGACAAAUGUGAAUAUUAUUGAACUUGAAACAUAUGUCUGGGUGAAGUUACAUGGCAGUUUAUGACCUUUAUGU